GUAGCCUCCAUUCGGCUUCAUAAUCUCCUUGCUGUCAAGUCACAACAGGUAUCUAACCUUUACCAAUUCCUCCGACAAGGAAUUCGAAACGGUUAAACCUUUUAUAAUUGGCCCGUCGUUAUUAGUCUACUACGUUCCUUCUCGAUCGUCACCUCGCCUUCGUCAUUGGCAGACGUGAGUGAAAGAGCUCUGCGCAAGGGGAGCUACGUACAUAUUCAGACGUAGAGUAUCUGACCAAGUCCAUCGGAUCUUUGGGCCUUAGAUACUAAUAGCAGCAUUUCUAUUGGCCGAGAUCUGAAGUAACCUGCCAAGCAAUACAGAGACUCCCUCGCAUUGGAGUUAUCGAACAUUCACGGCAGCCAGUUGGUCGCGUGGGCGACGAAUAGAAUCUGUAUUACUAAUACCGAGUCUCGCAUUCGUUUAUCUUUAAGAGACGAACUACUUCGUUAUAUCAUAUCCACGGGGCUUCGACGUCCUAUGUUCUCCUUACGGUAACGAACAGUCAAACAAUUUGAAUGAGUCGGGCCCGAAUCCCCGGCUUAAAGAUCACCGAGUCCAUUCAUAACCGUUAGGUACCUUGGGUAUAUAAUCCUACCCGCCCACUUCAGCUCAGCCCACACGCCGGUUAGAAAUACCAAUAGUCUUUCGGUUUUCUGGAAUUUGAGACACGUGGACAUACGCCAUUAACAACCUCCGGAGCAUCAUGGCUACAGACACAGAGACACAAGAUAUACGAAAGAGGGCAAUUAUUGGAGGACCUCAAAACGAAGAUACCGAUUUUGAAACUGCGGUGCGAGGAAUGCUGGAAGCUGAUUUUGAAGACUGGCCAAACGAAGCAGGAUUCGAAGGCCUAAAUGAGAUACGCGGUCCCGUAGAACUUUCUAUCAAAGGUUCUAUCCCGACGUGGGCUGCUGGCACACUGUACCGCACCGGCCCCGGGCAGUAUGUCGUCGAAAAUACCCCGAAAGGCACAUUCCGUACUACACACUGGUUCGACGGCCUAGGCCAAUCACAUAAAUUUAGUAUCAUUCCCAAUUCAGACAAUGGCGGUAGCCCUGUAAGGGUCGCAUAUACAUCUCGACGUCAGAGUCAGGCUCUAUACGACGCUAUUAAGAAAGAUGGGAAAAGACCUGAUAUCGGUUUCGGGCAAAAGAUGGACCCAUGCAUCGGUCUAUUUGGCAAGAUCAUGAGCGUUUGGAGAGGAUCACCGAAACGGGAGGAUCCUAAUUUUGACAAUGUCUCCGUUGCCUUCCAAGCAAACGUGCCCGGUUUGCCGUCGAAAGCUAAGACGACCGCCGAGUCUGGCCACCGAGCAGGUAUCAAGACUCUAUGGCUGACUACGGAUAACGGAAACAUGAAAGAGAUCGACCAGAAUACCUUGGAGCCGAUAGGUAUAGCUAGACAACAAGCGCUCCACCCGCUCCUUAGAGGUCCGCUGAGCUGCGCCCACGCCCAGAGAGACCCAGAAACCGGCGACUACUACAACUAUAAUCUUGAAAUGGGCUAUAAGUCAACGUAUCGUGUCUUCUGCACAAGCGCGUCAACCGGAGCAACCGAAAUUAUAGCUACGAUAUCCGCUGUCGACGUGAAGCCGGCGUACAUUCACUCGUUUUAUCUCACACCUUCCUUUGCCAUAUUGUGUGUUCCAUCAUCCCAUCUCGGUACGAAUGGCAUUCAAGUUCCUUGGAAGGGCAAUAUCGUCGAAGCCAUCGACACCUUCGACGAGUCGAAAUUAUGCAGGUGGUUCGUCGUCGACCGUCUCGGCGACCGCGGUGUAGUUGCCAUGUUCGAUAGCCCGGCAGCUUUUUACUUCCACAGCGUAAACUCAUUUGAGGAGCGCGACGAGGAGACGGGCGACCUUAACGUGUACUGCGACGUGAUGCAGUAUCCUAACCUUGACGUGAUAAGAGCGUAUGAAGUGGACGUCAUGCUCCAGAGGAACGGCGCGGCCAAGAAAUUCUGGGGCGACGAAGAGCGUAAUCGCAACUGUCACGUUCGACUUACUCGAUGGAAACUUGGGAUCCCCAAACCAGACACGAACGAUACGGAUACGUCAGCAACUCGACGGAAUGCAGAGAAAAUUUUCGAAAUCAAGGCACCGCAUGCUGGCGAACUACCUACGAUCAACCCGACAUACGCGACUAAGAAACAUCGCUACGUAUAUAGCAUAGCCAACCGCGGUUACAGCACCCUCUUCGAUACUAUUGUGAAGACAGACGUAUUAACACACGGGACGAUAUUCUGGGACAGCCCAAGCGGACACACGCCGGGAGAGCCUAUCUUCGUACCGCGUCCGAGGUCGCCUGGAGAUGGAGACCUGGACGAAGAUGACGGCGUGCUCCUGAGUGUCGUGCUCGACGGGGCUGGUAAGACGAGUUAUCUGCUAUGCUUGGAUGCGAAGACUCUACGCGAACUGGGACGCGCCGAGUGCGAUUUCGCUAUAGGGUUUGGGUUUCAUGGGAUGCAUUGGCCUGCUGCGGUCCCUACAACGUCCUAAUUUUAGUACGGCCGCAAUCUAUAUAAGCCAUUGAUGGGCGUGAAGGAUCGCGCUUAGGACGAGGAUAAGCAAUUAGCUUGUAGGCCGAGAACCGGAUAUAAAUAGGCCAAUAUGGAUUAGUUUCUAGUGUUGAUUACAGAGCCUGGAGAUAUCUGGAAAACGACGUGUUUUGAAGUACAUGCCAAAGUCAGAC